GACCGAGAACAAUUAAAGCUAUCAUUUCUACCUGGUAUCUUAAAUGAUAGGCGUGUAAAUAUUCCGUCAACUAUGAAACUAUUCUUGGAGUAGCCGUCAAGUGACGUCAGAUUGACAUACGGCAUGGAGUGCUGUCCCGUGUCGUGACCGGGGUUCCGGGAAGCCGGCGCCAAAUACAUGAAACGACGAUCAAGAUGUCGAUCACGAAAGAUAGAGAAACAACGUCAUAUCAAACGCCAGGCCAAAUCUUCCGGAGUACCUACGAUUCUCCAUACCUCAAACCCGUGAAUAAAACGUACAACUCCCUCCAUUCCGACUGCGAACUGAAACCCAACUCACCAAUACAUACCACCCACGGCCGCGAAAAAUAAACAUGCCCGGUGAAGUAAUCGACCACGCCGACCCGGCGCCGCUCGCCUCCUCCCUCCCUUCCUCACUGGCCGGCCUCUCAGUCAAGCUCCCCCUCGAAAAUGCCCUGACCCCCUCCGAAGCGCACUCGCUGCGCAGCUUCCGCCGCGCAGCAAACUACAUCGCCGCAGCGAUGAUUUUUCUCCGCCGCAACGUCCUGGUCACCUCUGACCUGACAUCCGACGACAUCAAGCCGCGGCUGCUCGGACACUGGGGAACCUGUCCCGGGCUGACACUGGUAUAUGCGCACAUCAACCGGGUGGUAAAGAACACGGGCUGCGACAUGAUCUACGUCGUUGGUCCCGGCCACGGCGCUCCCGGGAUAUUGUCCUCGCUGUGGCUGGAGGGGUCUCUAGCGCACUUCUAUCCUCAAUAUUCGAGGGAUAGGAAGGGGCUCGAGGCGUUGAUCACGGGGUUUUCCACGCCAGGGGGCUUCCCGAGUCAUAUCAAUGCGCUUGUGCCGGGGAGUAUCCAUGAGGGCGGAGAGCUGGGGUAUGCGCUUGCCGUCGCCUUCGGUGCGGUGAUGGAUAAGCCCGAUUUGCUGGUUACUGUCGUUGUGGGCGAUGGAGAGGCGGAGACGGGCCCGACAGCGACUGCGUGGCAUGCGGCCAAGUAUCUCGAUCCCAAGGAAAGUGGCGGGGUGAUUCCGAUUGUGCAUGUCAAUGGGUUCAAGAUCAGCGAGAGGACGAUUUAUGGGUGUAUGGAUGAUCUGGAGCUCGUUGCGUUGUUUACCGGCUAUGGAUAUCAGGUUAGGUUUGUAGGUGAGGUGUUGGACGAAGUUGAUGCCGACAUGGCGGCCAGUAUGGACUGGGCAGUGGCGGAGAUCAGGAAGAUCCAGAAGACGGCCAGGGAGGGAACCCCGAUCGUGAAACCGAGGUGGCCAGUAUUGAUCUUGCGGACGCCGAAGGGGUGGACGGGGCCAAAGACGUACAAGGGGGAGUUUAUUGAGGGCAGCUUCCACAGCCAUCAGGUCCCGAUCCCGGACGCGAAGAAGGACAACGAAGGACGGCAAGUGGUGCAGAGAUGGCUGCGGUCGUACGAUCCCGCUACGUUGUUCGACGACUCUGGUGCCCCCGUCCAGGAAAUCCUGGAUCUCAUCCCCACUCAACCGAUCGGCCAACUGAAAGACACUUACAACGGGUACAACCCUAUCGGCGCACCGGACUGGCGUUCCUUCGGUGUCGAAAAAGGCAGCCAGGCGUCGUCCAUGAAAGUGGUGGGCGAGUACCUCGAUAAAGUCUUCACCUCCAACCCGAAGGGAAUCCGCAUCUUCUCCCCCGACGAGCUGGAAAGCAACAAACUCUCCGCUGUGCUCUCCCACACGGGCCGAAACUUCCAGUGGGACGAAUUUUCCCGCGCCAAAGGCGGGCGGGUGAUCGAGAUUCUGAGCGAACACACGUGCCAGGGGCUGCUCCAAGGCUACACGCUGACGGGGCGCACCGCGCUCUUCCCCAGCUACGAGAGCUUCCUGGGCAUAGUGCACACGAUGAUGGUACAAUACUCCAAAUUCGUCAAGCUAGCCAAAGAAGUGCCAUGGCGCAACCAGAACGCGAGCAUAAACUACCUCGAGACCUCGACGUGGACGCGGCAGGAGCACAAUGGGUUCUCGCACCAGAACCCGUCGUUUAUUGGCGCGGUGCUGAACCUCAAGCCGGAAAUGGCCCGCGUAUACCUCCCGCCGGACGCGAAUUGCUUCCUCUCCACCAUGCGCCACUGCCUCAACAGCAAGAACUACACCAAUCUCAUGGUCGGGAGUAAACAGCCGACGCCCGUCUGGCUCUCGCCCGAAGCGGCGGACGCCCACUGCCGCGCCGGCGCAUCGGCGUGGAAGUUUGCCUCGGUAGAAUCACCCGACGUGGUCCUGGUCGGCAUCGGAACGGAAGUGACGUUCGAAGUUGUCGCCGCAGCCGCGCUGCUGCGGAAGCUGGCGCCGGAGAUCCGAGUGCGCGUCGUCAACGUUACCGAUCUGAUGGUGCUCGGGCCGACCGGAAGCCAUCCGCAUGCGCUGUCCGACGAGGGGUUCGAUGAGCUCUUCACGAGUGAUAAGGGAAUCGUCGUGAACUAUCACGGCUAUGUCAACGAUGUUGCCGGAUUGGUGUUUGGACGGCACAGGGUGGCCGAGAGGAUGGUGGUGGCUGGGUAUAGGGAGGAAGGAUCGACAACGACGCCGUUCGAUAUGUUGCUCGUCAACGGUGUCAGCCGCUACCACGUCGCCAUGCACGCGGUCGAAAAGGCGGGCGUAGAGUCCGGCCGGAAGGAUGAUCUGCUGAAGCAGCUACAGAAGAAGAUCGAUGAAACGAGGGAGUACAUCAUGGCGAACGGAGAGGAUGUGGAGGGGACUUAUGAUACUCCUGAGUUUUGAACGUAUGUAGACGAUACCUUGACGUAAUGUAUGAUAACUUUAGUAGCGCUAUCUUCAGCCUUGACUAGCAUGUGUUUCGUGUAACCCCGUCCCGACAGAGUUAUUGUCACAUCAUGCGUAGAGUCUGGACCAAAACUUUUGUGAUCUGGUGUGGGGACUUGGAGCAGAUAACUAAACCGCAUUACGAGUUGAUGUG